AUGCUAACUAUGAUUGUUCGAUGUCUCUCCGCAGCCAUGAAAAACUGUGCUGAGCUGUUCAAAUCCGGCCAAAGAAUCACAGGAGUUCACACAAUCGACCCCGAUGGCUUAGGUGCGUUUGAGGUGUUUUGCGACCAAAAAUCUUCUAGUGGGGGCUGGACAGUGUUCCAGAAGAGACUCGAUGGCUCCGUUGAUUUCGUCAAUCGCGGCUGGGCGGAUUACAAACGUGGAUUCGGAAACUUAAAUGGUGAGGUUUGGCUCCGACUGGACAAGAUACACCGCCUGACGAAAACAAAGAGUAGACUGCGAAUGGAGCUUGAAGACACACAAGGAAAUACAGCUUACGCUGAAUAUGACAUGUUCUCUGUUUCCAGCGAAAGAAACAAAUACGGACUUGGCCUUGGGAUAUAUAUCGGUGAGUGCUCAUAAUCUGUGGAUUGGUCUAUUUUAGACAGAAUUGUUCUAAAAGGCGCAACCGAAUUCGAGCGAUUCUGCAUGGGUCUACCUCAAUUCAUUUUACCCAUCAGAGACUGAAAAACGCCGUGAAAGAAUCAAUUUCUAUCCACUACAAUUUUUUACUUUCUGAUCGUUCUUAAAUUCCUUCCAACAAGUUUUGAUCCAAUAGCCUUCCUUUGCCAAUUAUUCGUGAUUCCGUCUCAUCCUAUCAUCAGAGAAUGAAAAAUACUGAAAGGAUCAAUUUCUAUCCACUGCAAUUUCUAUAGCCUUCCUUUGCUAAUAAUAUGUGAUUCCGUCUCAGGAACUGCUGGUGAUUCUUUGAGUUAUCAUCGAAACAUGGCAUUCUCCACUAAAGAUCGCGACAAUGACAAUGCGAACUCGUUCAACUGCGCUGCAUCCUAUAAAAGUGCUUGGUGGAACAAUAGCUGUCUCCGUGCCAACUUAAACGGUUACUAUUACCACGGUUCGCACGCCAAGUCCCAUUAUCGUGGUAUCAACUGGGGUAAAUGGAAAGGUUCUGAUUACUCCGCUAAGAGAGCUGAAAUGAAGAUCAGGCCCGUGGACUUUUAA